CAGCAGCAAAUUCUACUCAAAUUUCACGAGCUCCGCAUCGAGUCUCGGAUUAACCUUUGUUGAAAAUUCGAGUCUUCGCCUGAUGAUGCACACAGAACGUGCCCUUGCACGUGUUUAAAAAAUUUCAAUACGUCCUCAUAUUUUGCCUAUUGCAAUUAAAAUGGAACGUCGAGAAAAAUAACAAAUAAAUGAUCCUGCGCCUCUUGAAUUGACGCGAUGUCAACAGUUACUGAACAUUUGUCCACGUUGGAAAGCUUGUUGGAUAGUAUCUACGUUCCGGUUUGUUUCGCUGCUUUCGCGGCAUUUGCCGCCAUUUGGAUAACGAUUUUCCAGAUUCCUGGAAAAGGUAAAAAUAUAAGGAAGGAAGACGACGUUCUCGAUCACGAAGAUUGUCAUCAUGGCAGCGAAACGUCAAGCUGUCUUCAUGAGUCCCACGAAAAUUGUGAUCAUGACUGCAUGCAUCAUGGAGCUGGACAAAUUUCGGAUGACGGUGACCAUGCAGACAUUUCACAAGUGGAAGAUUCCGGUUACUGUAACGUAACAGAAUAUCAUCGGGCACAUCAAACGCUUGUCUCUGAUGGUCGCGUCCGACGGUCUGUCAAGUUUUCUCCUGUCACGUUUGCUGAGCAUUCGAUUGUUCAUGGUGUCAGAGCGGAGAAGCUCAGCGAAGAGAACUCCAUUUCACAGGGAACCAUGGACGACAUCAGCGGCCUGCAAGACACCAUCAGCCAAAGUCAAAAGCACCCGAAGCACAGGUCAUCCAGGGCCCACAGGAGUCGCAAACCCCGCUCAGGAACCCCAACCACAACCACAACCAACAGCAUCAGCACUAGCCCAAAGGCCAGCAAGAACUGUAUUCUCAAUAAACCAUACUGUCCGAUUGGAGACGUGAGGCAAAGCUCGACGGAUGCCUUUGAAGCUGCUGGCACUGGUGCUAGUGAAGACCACGUUUACUACAAUUCCGACGUGGAGCCCAUCAUGCUCGCUGUGGCGGCUGUGGAUGAAGCUGUCAAAUUGAGUACCACUGCUGGUGCCAGGACUUCUUCUGGAUCCCUGAGGGAUAGAGCAGCUGGUUCGCCACCAGAGGCCGACAGCAGCACCAGUAGAAGCAUCAGUCGCCUUCUUUCCAAGCCGGUGCUCAGGAGCAAAUUCUCUGCUGUUCCUUUACUUGGAACAAAGGCGGAAGAAAAAGGAAGGUUUGGAUCAUGGACGAAGUUGGAACCAGUAGAGCAAAGCGGUGGAAUUAUUGCCAGAAGAUCUAGACACGGCUCUGACUCAGGAAGUAGCAUUAUUGGUGCAUCAUAUCAAAGUGGUAGCAGUUCUAGGAACAGAGUCACUUUCAAACUCGACGAAGAGCAAACCGCCGUACAAGACUUCAUUGAGGAUUUGGCGAAAGUCGAACACCCGAGGAGGAUGAGUGAAACAUCCAUCAAACUUGACAAUACACAGGCCAAGGUUUCUUGGGGAUACAAGCAAAAGACAAGUAAGAAAUUGGACGAUUCGAGAGACGAUGAAAACACGUUUUCGUUGAAACGAGAGGGUAAAGCUUUUACCCCUCGAAUUGAAGAAAAAGAACUUUCAAUUACCCCCCGUGCUGCACCCGGAAGCAAAGCUGUUCAGACGGAGAUUACCAUUCCAGACGAGUAUUCUACCCCGUCAGUCGGGCAAGAAUUUCCGAGAGAGGAAAGAAACAAAACCCAACCCCUGGAUAUUUCCCGAAGAAGCCAGUCUGGCAGCGAAGCGGAAGAAGGCGGACUUUUGCACGCAGAAGCAGCUGCACCGAUUUUGCAGCUUUUUAAGACAACAAAGAAGCCGAUCAUAAUUGAAAGGCUACACGCACCGUAUCCCCUUGGUUCAUUGUUGAUGUACCCGUGUCCAGAAGAGGGAUUAGUGUUCAGGAGCAAUUGCAUGUAUGAGAAUUCUCAUAUCCUGCCUCUGGAAUCAAAAGCCUUUCAAGAAUUCAGAAAUUCAGACUCAACAGAAAAGCGCGUCAGGUCACUUCAGGAUCAAGACCUGUUUGACCAUAACGACAGCAAUGACAACAACAACAAGUCGCCAUUAUUGCUAGUCCAGCAUUGUGUGUCUCAGAUUCAUCAGGGCCAAGAUCAAAUCGCAGCAACUACAGCACUCAUCGAACAUGAUCCAGCAACUGCUGAGGAUCGUGAGGACGGUGAACACGAAAAGAGUGACGCUUUGCGGCGUUCUAGAAGACACAAGAAAGAAGAUCGUGGGUGUCAUUCGGUGAAACUGGUGUGUGCUUCUUGUCCGUGUGGGAGCCAGCAGCAAGGCUGUAAUACGACGACGGGACACGUCGGGGAUUUCAUGCAGCCGUUUUGUCAAACGCAGGGAUUUCCGUGCGCGGAAAAGAUGGCGGAUGUUGCCCAUAACUUCCAUUGUCAAUUGGAAGCCAGUCGGUUCACUUUACCAACGCCUGAUGGCUUUGAAACCGCAAAAAAUAAUAUUCUGGCAAUUGUUCCGAGAGAUUCCAUAGAGUAUAUCUCCGAAGAUUUUAAGAAAUUUGAAGAAACCAGAAGUUGCGAACCACAGCAAGAUAAAUCCCAGGGCAAAGACGAGAACUUGGAAAAGAAAGAAGAGCCUAGAUCAAGUUUCCAGCAAUUCUUACCCUUGCCUGGAGAAGUGACACCUACCGGGAGUCUGACAACCAUCGAAACAUCAAUAACGCCAUCGGUUGGAAAUCAAAAACCUGCUAGAAAAGUCAAGAUUGUGAAGAAAAUCGUGAAACCCGUCAAAAGCAAACCAGAAGGCAAUAAUGCUGAGGCGACCCGUAAGCCAACUGACGAAAUUCCCGCCACUCCUCCUGCCUCGCCAAAAUCCAGGAAAUUCAAGAAAAUUGUCAAAGUCGUGAAACAGGUCAAGGCAAGCGGCAGUAGCAAGUCCGCCCAAACAAAAACUGGAGAGGAUUCUCUCUUGCAAACUGCUUCAAGAUCAAUUUCCGGCCAAAAUAAGGAAACGUCCGGGAAAGUAGUUGGCAAGCAUCUGGCUCCACGUACCGAGCAGUUGCUUACGGCUAAUUUGAUUCAACAGCAGCGAAGCACGGAUAUGCAGAAUUCUUCGGGUUCGUUGCAUUCCGAAGAACACGAACCGCCUAAAACGACUGCGCAGCCACAUCAAGUUCCAAGAGAGGAAACGGAUUGUUACUUGGAUGAAGCUGAGCAUUAUCCGGAUGACAGCUGGGAAGAUGGCCAAGAGGGAAAACAGGGUUACUCUAGUGUUUUUGGUCGGUUGUCCCAUCGGGGUUAUCCUGCAGAAGUCACCAGUGAGUCACUUACUUUUGGCACUGCUGAAGGGAAAACAGAGAGCAGGGGAAAAGAUGCCCAAUCUCAUAAUUGGACCGAGUCGUCUUACUCUCCAUCACGAUACUCCAAUGUCAGGGAUUCACCAUCAUUCACCAGUCAAAAAAAGUACGCUGAUAGAUUUGGACCAUCCAACGAAGAUCCACUUGCGAUCCAACGACGAGAAGGAGAUCUUUUCGACGUUGUGCCGCCAUCAGAUGAAUAUGUACCCACGAGAGACGAUGACCAGGCGUUGGAUUCGUCGCACGCGAUGAGCCAAAACUAUUCGAAACGUUCUCCUGUCGGCGAAACCCUUCGGAAGAGUUGGCUUCAUAAUUCGAACAGAUGUAAUAUGAAAAUCUUGUCUGGUUCCCAACAAGGUGAAAUCAAGCGUAGAAAGGCUUCAGCAGAAGGCGAGGACUCUACACAGACGUCGAAAUCAGUGAGGAUAAAAUCGCACUCGCCCAAGAUACGUGGUACUUCGCCCGAACGAGAAGAUAAUAAGGAGAAAAUGUUUUCGUCCAUGUUCAUUCACAGCACGGGGGUCAUCUCAGGGAAACUUUUGAAACAAACUUUCUCGCGUAAAACAUUCGGCGCAAAAGCUUUGCACAAUGGAAACGCUGGAGACACUUCCUCCACUCUGCACUCCAUAGAUGCUCAACUAAGCGCAGAGAACACCAAAAUGUCGAUGUCCGAAGACAGACAUUCAGACGCAAGGGCUCUGAAUUCUCACCAUUCCUCAGGGGAAAAAGUUAAGAAUACCAAUUCCGAAAUAAGCGCAGCAGCUGAAAAAGCUCCUGCUAUGAUCCUUGAUCCUGGCACUGCUACCAACAAAGUAUUUAUCGUUGAAGACACGGUUGAAGCAGUCAGGGAUUCACCAUCAUUCACCAGUCAAAAAAAGUACGCUGAUAGAUUUGGACCAUCCAACGAAGAUCCGCUUGCGAUCCAACGACGAGAAGGAGAUCUUUUCGAUGUUGUGCCGCCAUCAGAUGAAUAUGUACCAACGAGAGACGAUGACCAGGCUUUGGAUUCGUCGCACGCGAUGAGCCAAAACUAUUCGAAACGUUCUCCUGUCGGCGAAACCCUUCGGAAGAGUUGGCUUCAUAAUUCGAACAGAUGUAAUAUGAAAAUCUUGUCUGGUUCCCAACAAGGUGAAAUCAAGCGUAGAAAGGCUUCAGCAGAAGGCGAGGACUCCACACAGACGUCAAAAUCAGUGAGGAUAAAAUCGCACUCGCCCAAGAUACGUGGUACUUCGCCCGAACGAGAAGAUAAUAAGGAGAAAAUGUUUUCGUCCAUGUUCAUUCACAGCACGGGGGUCAUCUCAGGGAAACUUUUGAAACAAACUUUCUCGCGUAAAACAUUCGGCGCAAAAGCUUCGCACAAUGGAAACGCUGGAGACACUUCCUCCACUCUGCACUCCAUAGAUGCUCAACUAAGCGCAGAGAACACCAAAAUGUCGAUGUCCGAAGACAGACAUUCGGACGCAAGGGCUCUGAAUUCUCACCAUUCCUCAGGGGAAAAAGUUAAGAAUACCAAUUCCGAAAUAAGCGCUGCAGCUGAAAAAGCUCCUGCUAUGAUCCUUGAUCCUGGCACUGCUACCAACAAGGUAUUUAUCGUUGAAGACACGGUUGAAGCAGGUCCACCUGCUGAUCCCAGAUCAACCCCGAAGACCACAGAAAACUCGCCGCGGGAUGACCAGCAAAUGGUAUCUCCCGAAGUCGAAGUGCUAGCAUCCCCGAAAAUUCAAGAAACUCGGGUCUCAGAAACAGGCAUAGCUGAUCAUUACCAAAUAUCUUCCCAGAAUGAUCUUGAAGCGGAAGAUGGACGAAACCGGAACGUCUCCGACCCUGCAUUAUGGACCCCGCUCUCCGAUGCGUUUUCUUCUCCAGAGAAUCCAAUCGCCUUGAAGCCCGAAGAUGGGAUGAUCCCCUCGUCACAACUCAUC